CGUGUUUUCACUAUUGGACUGACCUUUGAUUUUUUUAAUGAAUACACCUGAAUGAUCACAUUUAUGAAUUAUUUGUCAUGUUGACACUUUUAGUUCUCACUGCCGUCUGUUUGGAUAGCACUUUUGGAGACGGCUCGUCUAUAAAAAAGGAAUUUUCUGUCCAACCAGGUGGUAAAAAGUACUCGUCGACAAUUGAAAGGGAUGGAAUAAAAUGUACUUUCACUUAUGAAUGUCAAGGUGGAACGAACGAGAAAUGGCAUAUGAUUCUUUCGAAGAUUCGAAAUGAUAACGGCUACGGUUGUGUUGUGGAACGUUCUGGUAGCCAAACAAGUUACAUAUUCUUUCAAAGCUUCAAGUUAGAUGUAACACCGCCUGUUGAAGCUUUGACCGCUUCUGCAUUUGGUAACGGUAAUCAACCACUGGCAGCUGAGGAAUACUAUUUUAACAAAAAUGAAUGUUUUGUAUCACAUGUCGGUGGAAAAUUUAGGGCUGCAUUAACUCGUCUUUCCCUGGAGUUUGUUUCCACACCUAUGAAGCCAGAACUCUAGCGUGAUUCGUUUACGGUAUAUAUAUAUUUCUACUAUUUUUUGUGCCUUUUUGGACUUAUAACUUUCUAUAUUACCACGGUCUUAUUCCAGACUAUGUAAAAAAUUUUAUUUGUGAUUUUAUAGUGUGAAUUUAUCAUAACAAUAAGAGGUUUUUUGUUUUGAA